AAAGAAAACGAAAGAAUCAAUAAAGGAAGAGACCACCAUUCAUUUAUUCGAACAACAACAAAGAAAAAAUACAUUGAGAAAACUUUCUUACAUAUUAUCGUACGCAGCAUUCGAGCAUGUUAUCGGUUGUAAACAUGGCAGCAGCCGCUAGUCCAGCGGCGCCGGCGGUCGAAGUUGCAGCUCUUAGCGGGUCACUCAGCAAAUCUUCCCUCAACACAGGCCUCAUUCGUUCUGCAAUUAAGCUUAGCAAGGAGUCUGUGAAUGGUAUCCAAAUUGAACACGUGGACAUCUCCCAGCUACCAAUGCUAAACACCGAUCUUAUUGUCGACGGAGCAUAUCCGCCGGCUGUCGAAUCUUUUCGCCGAACUAUUGUGAAAGCUGAUAGUUUCCUUUUUGCUUCUCCUGAGCAUAAUUACUCCAUUACUGCACCUUUGAAGAAUGCAAUGGACUGGGCCUCCAUGGCACCUAACUGUUGGGCUGAUAAGGCAGCUGCCGUGGUCAGUGUCGGAGGAGGUUUUGGCGGUGGAAGAUCGCAGUACCAUCUCCGUCAAAUCGGCGUAUAUCUGGACCUGCAUUUCAUCAACAAACCUGAAUUCUUCUUGAAUGCAUUCCAGCCUCCGCCAAAGUUUGAUAGCCAUUGUAACUUGAUUGACGUUGAGGCCGAGGAGAAUUUAAAAGUAAUUCUUGUUGCUCUUCGUGACUUCACUCUGCGCCUUAAAAAUUAGUGGAUCAAACAAUUAAUUCCGUCUUAAAAUAA